AUGAAGCGAUCAAAAAAAUAUAGGAACAGUGUCCUUUUAAACAGUAACUCAAAAAAAUCUAGAUCUCAGUCGGAUAUCGCGACUAGUGCUGGGACGUUACACAUAGAUCAAAUACAUAGUCAUGGGUCAUCUAAUCACGGUGAUUCUGAAGAAGAUAUACAUCCUAAUGUGUUACUUGAGCAAUUAUUAACCGAUAAAUUAGAAAAGAUGGUUGAAAAGUUUUGUGGUGAUUCACGGCCGUUGCGGAAUGUUUCGGGUGAGAAAAUUAUACCUACGUUUGAUCCGGAUAAUUAUGACACUAAUAUUAAAAAUUGGUUGGCAAAAAUUGAUCAAUUAGGUAUGGUUCACAAAUGGAAUGACUACUCUAAAAUAGUCAUAAUGCAAACUCGUCUUGUAGGCCAAGCUCAGUUAUGGUUUAGUCGUCUUGACGAAUAUAAUUAUACUUGGGAUCAAUGGAAAUCUUUAUUGAUCAAAGCAUUUCCUAGAAGUUUCGAGUAUGCUGACAUGUUAGAAGAAUUAGUAUCCAGGAAAAAGUUGCAUAAUGAAACAAUCACACAUUAUUAUCAUGAUAAAUUAGCAAUGUGUCAUCGCUGUAGACUUGACGACGCCGCCUCUCUCUCUUGUUUAAUUAAAGGGCUGCCACACGAUUUACAAAAUAAUGCAAAAGCAUUUAAAUGUGAAACCCCUGAACAAUUCUAUUCAGGUUACUUGUCCGCUUUUGAGAAUUAUAAAAAUAAACCGGAUCUGAGAAAAGUAGAAUCGACCAACAUAAGUUAUACACGUAAUAAUAGAUUAGAAGCGGAGAAGCGAAAUUCUGAUUUAGCCAUACCAACCACAUCACGUCCCUGGCCACCAUCGACCUCCCGGCGAAUGAAUUGCUUUAGAUGUAAUUCUACUGAGCAUAUGGUUAAAGAUUGCCCUGUUCCGGAUAGGAGAGUGUGUAGAUUUUGUUCUGAAACCGGACAUAAUAUAAAUCGUUGCCCCAAAAUAGAAAAUAUGAUGAAUAAAUCGAAGGGCCAAUCCGUGUCGAUAAAUUUAGUGCAAAACUUAAAUGAUAUUUAUAAAAAAAGCGUGGAGGUAGCGGGAAGAAUUUUUUCUGGUUAUUUGGAUACUGGAGCACAGUUAAAUGUAAUAUCCUUAAGUGCAAUUAAAAUAUUAAAUUAUGACGUACGACCAACAGAUGCAUUGCUAAAAGGAUUUACUGGAAAUACAGUGCCGGCUAUGGGCCGAGUAAAUCUAACAAUGACUAUUGAUGGUCUGAGUUUCAAUACCACAGCAGUGGUGACGCAUACGAAGCUGCCUGCCGAGGUUGAUAUACUGAUCGGACAACCUGUAAUUAACUCUGAAGGCAUAUCACUCGUCACAACUCAGAAUUCAGCUCUAUUGAAAGAGAAUAAUGUGUACGAUGAUAGUUUCUCUGGAAAAUAUAAAGUAACAAGCUGUUCAGACGUUCAAAUUCAACCACAGGAAUCCAUAUUUGUGGAAGUUAAUAUUGUGGGGAACAGCCCUGCUUGUGAUGUUUGUACUUCACCGAGAGUCCAUGACUUAAACAACAAAUACUUCGUGGUACCUGCUGCCUUACUAACUGGACAAAAUGGAUAUUUACGCAUUUACAACAUGGGACGAGAACAUUUAAAAUGGAGGAAAGGCGACUUAGUUACACGAGCUGCGCCGUGUGAAAUUAUGCAAAACGAGUCAGCGGAGAAGCGGGUGGGAGGUUGUAACAAUGCAAAACUACAUGCAAAUAAAAUGAAGAGGUCUGAGUUAAUACAAGUCAACAACAUAACAAAUCUUACAUCAGCUAACACUCUUGAGCAUUUACGUACCUUAAAACUUGCAAGUACACCGGUUCCUGACAUAGCUGUAGGCGAUUUAUGUGACUAUGACCAAUGUCAAUUGUUUGAGCUGUUACUGAACUACCAAGAUUGUUUUGCUGCUAAUUCACAUGAUCUCGGAGUAACGAAUUUAUCGGAAAUGACUAUUGAGUUGACUUCGAAGACUCCAGUGUUUCAUAAGCCAUAUAGGUUAGGGUAUAAAGAACUCGAAAUUGUACGAGCCAAGGUUAAGGACUUACUGGAUGCAGGAAUCAUUAGAGAGUCGCAGUCUAAUUACGCAUCACCAGUUGUCCUAGUAAAGAAAAAUAAUGGAGAUAGUCGGCUUUGUAUUGAUUACCGAGCACUCAACGCUAUUACCGUCAAAGAUCGAUUCCCUUUACCUCAAAUCGACGAUCAAUUGAAUAAGUUAUCAGGCAAGUGCUUUUAUACCAGUUUAGAUUUGGCACAAGGCUACCAUCAAAUUCCACUAGCGAGUGAAUCUACGAAGUUCACAGCCUUCAUUACCCCAGAAGGGCAAUGGGAGUAUACACGGGUCCCUUUUGGAUUAGCCAAUGGACCGGCGGUGUUUCAAAGGACUAUCUAUAAACUACUGGGAUCAUUACGUUAUGAGGAUGUUUUAACUUUUAUGGACGAUUUAUUACUACCAUCAUUAGAUGUUAACAAAGGCCUGUUGAUAUUGGAAGAAGUUUUGCAGCUUUUGAGGAAGGCUAAUCUAAAGUUAAAUUUGAAGAAGUGUGCGUUCCUCAAAACUGAAAUAAAUUAUUUGGGACAUGUGGUAACACCUCACGGAAUACAGCCCGGUGAUAGAAAAUUAGACGCUAUGACGAAUUUCCCUACGCCUAAGAAUGUCCAUCAAGUACGACAAUUUAUGGGAUUAUGUUCGUAUUUUCGAAAAUUUAUCCACAACUUCGCAAUUAUAGCAAGACCUCUUACUGAAUUAACUAAGAAGAAUGUGAGUUGGAAUUGGGGAGACGAAAAAAAUUGCGCCUUUUCGAAAUUAAAGUUAUUGCUUUCUAAUAAACCGGUCUUAGCGUUACAUAAUCGGAACUAUGACACAGAAAUACAUACAGACGCCUGUAAAUUAGGUAUAGCAGGCAUACUUCUUCAGAAACAACCAAGCGGUGAGCUCAAACCCGUAUUAUAUUUUAGUAGGGUAACAACAAAAGAAGAAAUGAUUUACCAUAGUUACGAGUUGGAAACACUGGCGGUUGUUGAAUCUCUGAAACGUUUUAGGAUCUACAUCACGGGCAUACGUUUUAAGGUCGUAACGGACUGCUCAGCUGUACGGAGUACUCUUACAAAACGAGAUUUGGUACCCAGAAUCGCACGUUGGUGGCUUCAAAUACAAGACUUUGACAUGGAAGUGGUGUAUCGCCCUGGUAUUAAUAUGCGCCACGUUGACGCACUUAGCCGAAAUCCGGUACCUGAAAUUUUAAAUGUGGAAAUCACUGAAGAUUGGUUCUUGACAGCUCAGCUCCAAGAUGAACAGCUACAAUCUAUUUUCCAUCAGCUUAAGAGCGGUAACCCCAACAAUGACUUAAAAAAUAAUUAUUGUAUUAGAGAUCAUCGCAUUUAUCGGAAAACACUUAAUGGCGAACGUCUUGCUGUACCCAAAGCUGCUCGUUGGCGGAUAAUGAAAAUGUUUCACGAUGAUAUCGGUCAUGUAGGCUUAAAAAGAUGCGAAGAAGCUAUUAAGGCAGACUACUGGUUUGCGCGUAUGAGUCGAUUCAUCAAAAAAUAUGUCGGAGCCUGCUUGGAGUGUUUAUUUAAAAAGGGGAAUUAUGGUAAAACCGCUGGAAAGAUUUACCCUAUAUCCAAACCCGAACAGCCUAUGCACACAGUACAUAUAGAUCAUAUGGGUCCGUUUCCUAAAUCCACAAAAGGGAAUCAAUAUAUAUUGGUGAUCAUUGAUUCAUUCACCAAAUUUAUAGCAGUAAAACCAACAAGAAGUACCCGUUCUGUAGAAACAGUCUUAGUAUUACGUGAAAUAUUUGCCAUCCUUGGCUAUCCAAACCGCAUUAUAUCUGAUAGAGGACUAUCCUUCACGAGUAGAUACUUCAAGGAAUUUUGUAUUACUCAUAAAAUUCAUCACACUCUUAACGCUAUAUCUAUACCGCGCGCCAAUGGACAGGUGGAACGGGUUAAUAGGACCUUGCUAGAUGCCUUGCGGACAAGCACACAGAUACCAUCUGCAUGGGAUGCUAAAAUUCCUGAAAUUGUCAUGGGAAUUAAUCACACAAUACAUGAUACAACGAAAUACAGUCCUUACGAACUUAUGUUUGCACACAAGAAAAAUCUAGUCCCUGAUUUAACAGGUAAUAGUCUAGAGAUAUCUUGUAAAGAGAAGCGUAAAAGGGCAAGUGAAAAAAUAAGAAAGAAACAAAAAUAUAUGGAGACCAAGUGUAAUGAAAGUAGAAAAGAAGCUAAGAAAUAUAGAAAGGGAGAAUUAGUGUUGUGGAAUAAUGCGUUCACAAAUUCAGAGACUGGCGUCAGUCGCAAGAUAGAUAAGAUGUAUGCAGGACCUUAUAAAAUUAUUCAAGUGUAUCUUAACGAUCGUUACAAGAUCCGCAGUGUAAAGGGGAUGAAAGGCUAUAAGAGUUUCGUUGCAAUGGUACCAGCUGGCUCAUUGCGGCCGUACAAAAGUUCUAUCGGUUAUGAAACGGAUUCUGCUGAUAGCGAUAAAGAAGUGGUGGAUACGCACGAUCUGAUUGAUUUGUUAGAAAGUUAA